AUGCGUGUCUGGGACGACCUUUACCCGCUCCCAGCGCCGCCCUCCUGGGUACCGGGGGCUGCUGUCGGGAUUCUUUCCUUGCACUUCAUCCAGAAACUCCUCUUCCCCUACUUCUGGGCCGACCUGAGAUACCUGCUCAAAGUGUUGACCUAUGGGCUGAGGAUGGAGAUGUACCGGCUGCAAGGGAGGGUUGUCACCGUCCUGGACAAGUUCGUGAAGCUGGCGGAGAAGCAGCCCCACAAACCUUUCCUCAUCUACGAAGGGACCGUUCACACCUACAGGGAUGUGGACCGGAGGAGUAACAGGAUAGCACAGGUCUUCCUGCAGCACGAGGCUCUGAAGAAGGGAGACACGGUAGCCUUGCUGAUGGGGAACGAGCCAGAUUUCAUCCACGUGUGGUUCGGACUGGCCAAGUUGGGCUGUGUGGUGGCGUUCCUCAACUUCAACGUCCGCUUCAGAUCUCUCCUGCACUGUGUCAGUAGCUGUGAGCCCAAGAUACUGGUUGUGGGAGCAGAUUUGCUUGGGACAUUGGAAGAAAUUCUUCCUAAACUUCAAAAUGAUGUUAGUGUUUGGAUAAUGGCCAAGGACUCCAGGUUUCCAGGUGUGCAUACCCUUUUAGACAAAAUAGAAGCUGCAUCUGAAGACCCUGUUCCAGUUAAUCGAUGUUCUGCCAACAACCUCAAGUCAGCUGUUUUAUACAUAUUUACUUCGGGAACAACAGGUCUUCCAAAGGCAGCAGUCAUUAGUCAUUUACAGAUUCUUAAAGGAGCUGCUGGACUGUGGGCUUUUGGUGCUACUUCAGAAGACAUCAUUUAUAUCACUCUGCCUCUUUACCACAGUGCAGCUUCUCUUCUUGGCAUUGGUGGAUGCAUUGAACUGGGUGCAACCUGUGUGUUAAAAAAGAAGUUCUCAGCUAGUCAGUUUUGGAGUGACUGCAGGAGGUACAAUGUGACUGUGAUCCAGUACAUUGGAGAACUUUGCCGUUACCUUUGCAAUCAGCCAGUGAAGGAAGGAGAAAAAAAUCACAAAGUGCGACUAGCAGUUGGAAAUGGAGUAAGAAAUGAUGUAUGGAGGGAAUUUUUAGACAGAUUUGGUGCUGUUAAGAUCUGUGAGUUCUAUGGUGCUACUGAAGGAAACAUUUGUUUCAUGAACCACACAGGAAAAAUUGGAUCUGUUGGACGCACCAAUUUCUUCUAUAAGCUUUUUUUCCCAUUUGAUUUAAUCAAGUAUGAUUUCCAAAAAGAUGAACCAAUUAGAAAUAAGCAUGGUUGGUGUGAAAAAGUUAAGAAAGGUGAGGCUGGUCUUCUGAUUUCCAAAGUCAAUGCGAAGAACCCCUUCUUUGGUUAUGCUGGCAAUAAAAGACACACAGAAAAGAAAUUACUCUGUGAGGUAUUUAAGAAGGGGGAUCUUUAUUUUAAUACUGGAGAUCUAAUGGUUCAAGACCAUGACAAUUUUCUAUAUUUUUGGGACAGGAUUGGAGAUACCUUCAGAUGGAAAGGAGAGAAUGUCGCCACUACAGAAGUUUCUGAUGUCAUUGUAAUGUUGGACUUCAUUCAAGAGGCAAAUGUGUAUGGUGUGUCUGUGCCAGAUCAUGAAGGUAAAGCAGGAAUGGCUUCUCUUAUUUUAAAGCACAAUGCAUCAUUAGACUUGGAGCAAAUGUAUAAGCAAGUAAUGACCUAUCUACCAAGUUAUGCUUGUCCCCUUUUCUUAAGAGUCCAGGAAAAAAUGGAAAUGACAGGAACAUUCAAACAACAAAAAUUUCGACUUGUGGAUGAAGGUUUUAAUCCAUCUACAAUUACUGAUCCUCUUUAUUUUUUAGAUAAUUCUAAGAAAGCAUAUGUCUUGUUAACCAAAGAAUUACAUGAGAUGAUCUUAUCUGGGAAAAUGAAGCUUUAA